ACAUAACAGACAGCAUCAGACGCAAGCCAGCAGACCAAGUCAUCCCUUGAAUCAUAGGAGAGACUUGCUGGUAUCAUAUCAUGUCUUCCCGGCCAGAUCUCAGAGUCGACGACGAAGUCGGAUUCAUUCGAUUCUACCGAUCCCUUGCCGCCGAAGAUAACAGCAAUGACACGAUCCGCGUAUUUGACCGCGGCGAUUGGUACUCGGCCCACGGGGCUGAGGCCGAGUUCAUCGCGCGCACAGUGUACAAGACCACCUCUGUCCUGCGAAACCUUGGGCGGAGCGAAACGGGCGGUCUCCCCUCUGUGACCAUGAGCGUGACGGUAUUCCGCAAUUUCCUACGCGAGGCGCUCUUCCGACUCAACAAGCGGGUUGAGAUUUGGGGCUCUGUCGGCACGGGCAAGGGCCACUGGAAGCGGGUGAAGCAGGCGAGUCCCGGUAAUCUACAAGAUGUGGAAGAGGAGCUGGGUAGUGUCGGGGGCGGAUUGAAUCAGAUGGAUUCCGCGCCGAUUAUUCUGGCCGUGAAGAUCUCCGCAAGGGCCGGGGAGGCCAGGAAUGUCGGGGUUUGUUUUGCCGAUGCGAGCGUGCGCGAGCUGGGCGUGAGCGAGUUCCUGGACAAUGAUGUUUACUCGAACCUUGAGUCGUUGGUGAUCCAGUUAGGGGUGAAGGAGUGUUUGGUGCAAAUGGAUGCGAACAGGAAGGAUGCCGAGCUGGCCAAGGUCCGCGCCAUUGCGGAUAACUGUGGCAUUGCCGUUUCGGAGCGGCCCGCCGUGGAUUUUGGCGUCCGGGAUAUCGAGCAGGAUUUGACGAGGCUGUUGAGGGAUGAUCGCUCCGCGGGCACGCUGCCGCAGACGGAGCUGAAGCUGGCCAUGGGUGCUGCGUCCGCCUUGAUUCGGUACCUGGGGGUGAUGUCGGAUCCGACGAAUUUCGGCCAGUACCAGCUGUACCAGCAUGAUUUGUCGCAGUUUAUGAAGCUUGAUGCGGCGGCACUGCGCGCGCUGAAUCUCAUGCCUGGUCCGCGGGACGGAGCCAAGUCGAUGAGUUUAUUUGGCUUGUUGAAUCACUGCAAGACGCCCGUUGGGAGUAGGUUGCUGGCGCAGUGGUUGAAGCAGCCGUUGAUGGAUCUGGCGGAGAUCGAGAAGCGGCAGCAGCUUGUCGAGGCGUUUGUUGUGAAUACUGAGCUGCGCCAGACGAUGCAGGAGGAGCACCUGCGUUCCAUCCCGGAUCUUUAUCGAUUGGCAAAGCGCUUUCAGCGGAAGCAGGCAACUCUGGAGGAUGUGGUGCGGGUCUACCAGGUUGCCAUCCGUUUGCCUGGGUUUAUCAGCUCGCUGGAGAACGUCAUCGAUGAGCAGUAUCAGACCCCGCUUGACCGCGAGUAUACCACCACACUGCGGAGCCACUCGGAUAGUCUGGCGAAGCUGGAAGAAAUGGUGGAAACGACCGUGGAUCUGGAGGCCCUCGAGAAUCACGAAUUCAUCAUCAAACCCGAAUUCGACGACAGUCUACGGAUCAUCCGCAAGAAGCUGGACAAGCUGCGCCACGACAUGUAUCUGGAGCACCGGUCCGUGGCCCGAGACCUCGACCAGGAAAUGGACAAGAAGCUGUUCCUCGAGAACCACCGAGUGCACGGCUGGUGCUUCCGACUAACGCGCAACGAAGCCGGUUGCAUUCGUAAUAAGAAGCAGUACCAAGAAUGCUCGACACAGAAGAACGGAGUCUAUUUCACCACAUCGACCAUGCAGGCUCUUCGGCGGGAGCACGACCAACUCUCUUCCAACUAUAACCGUACCCAGACGGGGCUGGUUUCCGAAGUUGUCAACGUGGCGGCUUCUUAUUGCCCCGUCCUGGAGCAAUUGGCUGGCGUGCUGGCACAUCUCGAUGUGAUUGUGAGCUUCGCACACGCGUCCGUGCACGCUCCGACAGCCUAUGUCCGGCCCAAGAUCCACCCUCGAGGCACAGGGAAUACCGUUCUGAAGGAGGCAAGACACCCGUGCAUGGAAAUGCAGGACGAUAUCUCCUUUAUCACGAACGAUGUAUCCCUGGUUCGAGAUGAAUCAUCCUUCCUGAUUAUCACCGGUCCUAAUAUGGGAGGUAAAUCGACGUAUAUCCGUCAAAUCGGGGUUAUUGCUCUCAUGGCCCAAACCGGCUGCUUUGUGCCUUGCUCCGAAGCAGAAUUGACUAUCUUUGACUGCAUCCUUGCCCGUGUGGGGGCUAGCGACUCGCAACUCAAGGGCGUCUCGACCUUCAUGGCGGAGAUGCUGGAAACAUCUAAUAUCCUCAAAUCCGCCACUUCGGAGUCCCUUAUUAUCGUCGACGAGCUGGGCCGCGGUACUAGCACUUACGAUGGGUUCGGUCUUGCCUGGGCUAUCUCAGAGCACAUUGUGACUGAGAUUCGUUGUUUUGGUCUCUUCGCGACCCACUUCCAUGAAUUGACAGCCCUCGCAGACCGAUACCCGAAGUCUGUCAAGAACUUGCACGUUGUUGCGUUUAUCGGGGACGGCACCACUGGCGCCGAAGCGGAAGAAGAGUCCAAGAAGAAGGCUCAGCAGAAGGUCACCCUUCUUUACCGCGUUGAGCCCGGCAUUUGCGACCAAUCCUUUGGUAUUCACGUGGCCGAGCUGGUUCGGUUCCCAGAGAAGGUGGUCAACAUGGCUCGGCAGAAGGCCGAGGAGCUUGAGGAUUUCACUUCUGCGCAUCCGUCGGAGAACUCUUCAGCGAUGGCGAUUGAUAAAUACUCCCAAGAGGAAGUGGACGAAGGCAGCGCUUUGUUGAAAGCCAUGUUGAUCAGAUGGAAGGACGCCAUCGAGGCUCCCGGCAAGAAUCUUACCGUGGAGGAGAAGCGCCAGAUCAUGCGUGAUCUGGUGAACAGCGACCCAAAAUUACAGGAAAACCGCGUUUUCCAGGGUAUCCAAGCUUUGUAAGAGGAGGUCGGGUUAAAAUAGAGUGGGAAUUUGGUUGUUUCUUUUCAUUUCGGGGUUGUAGCGGUUGGGAGGCGUUUGGGAUGAACAGGGAAUUGAACUCUACAGAUAGACCUGUUGCUGAGAUAUGUUGAUAUUCCUAUAUCCAAUUGGUACUUCUACUACUCUGUACAUAGUAGAUUGAUAUCUGAAUCACGUGCGACG